AUGGAGGGUCGGAUGAAGAAGUAUAGACAAGUGAGUCCAGAGAGGGCUAAAGUUUGGACUGAGAAACCACCAAAGUACCACCAGAAUCUUAAGGUACCUGUGGUUUACUAUCUUUGUCAAAAUAGGCAACUAGAACAUCCUCAUUUCAUGGAGGUUCCACUUUCUUCUCCAGAUGGGUUGUAUUUGAGAGAUGUGAUUGAUAGACUAAAUUCAUUGAGAGGUAGAGGCAUGGCUUCCUUGUAUUCAUGGUCUUGUAAGAGAAGCUACAAGAAUGGAUUUGUGUGGCACGAUCUUUGUGAAGAUGACCUAAUUCUACCGGCCCAUGGAAAUGAUUAUGUCCUCAAAGGUUCUGAGCUCUUUGAUGAAUCCAAUUCAAAUCGAUUCAAACCUAUUAACGAUGUUAAAAUACAAAGCGUGAAGCUGUUGUCGGGGCCAGCUUCUUGCCGGAGUCACGAUGAAGCUUCCUCCUCUUGUAGCAUGAACGGAAAAGAGACAAGACACUCUCAGGAUGACGAACUUUCCCAAGAACAACAUACAGGUUCGUUUGAUGUUUCUCCGGAGUCGAGCGCCGAAAAGAGCGAUCCAGUAAGCUUAGCAUUGACAGAGCAACGAGGCUUGUUAAGUCUCAACAAGGUGCUGGAAAAGAGCAUGUUUGUAUUGCGAAACUUCAUUCAGCUGUUCCUGAUGUUGCUAAGGUUUGAGAAUGAUAUUGAUGCUGGUGAGGAGGUUGUGCUUAUGACGACCAAGGGCGAAGCUAUUGCCCUUGGGAUUGCUGAGAUGACUACUGCUACUAUGGCUAGUUGUGAUCAUGGCGUUGUUGCUAAGAUCAAGAGGCUGGCUACUGAGAAUCAGAGGCUGGUUGCUACGCAUGGGGUUCUGAGACAGGAGCUUGCUGGGGCAUAG